UUCGCGGGAAAAAAGAGUCGGGGAAAAAAAUGGCGAUCCUCAGCAUCUCGGCUCGGUAAACCGCUGCCCGGGGUGAGGUGGGGGGGAGCAGGCACCUUUCGGAAGAGGCGGGCAUGGGGCGCCGCCGGCGAUCCACUCUUUGAGCCGACACCCCCUCCCCGAAGAAGUUCAAGCGGCACGAGUGCCUCUCCCCCCCGCUUCUUGCACACUUUCCCUCCCAGUCUUUGCAAUGCAGCAGGACGCUGCAUGAUCCCCAGGAGGAGCAGGAAAAACUGCUGCAGGCAGCCGGGAGGCAUCUGACUGGAUGGUGAAUUAGAUAAAUCCACAAGGUUACAGGUCCCAGAGCAUCGUCAUUUCAGGCUGCAGAGUACCAGCGUCCCUCCAGGCUCAUGGAGAACAGCCGUGCUCGGCAUGUCUAUCCAGCCCCUGGACUCCUUCAGCAACCCGCCCUCGACUCUUGCACCAAGAAUCAGAAUGGCCGGCAAGAACUGAUGAUCAAGCUGACGGAAGGACAAUAUGUCUUGUGCCGGUGGACUGAUGGGCUCUAUUACCUUGGAAAGAUCAAGAGGGUGAGCAGUUCCAAGCAAAGCUGCCUGGUGACCUUUGAAGAUAACUCCAAAUAUUGGGUGCUCUGGAAGGACGUCCAGCAUGCUGGCGUACCAGGCGAAGAACCCAAGUGUAACAUCUGUCUUGGAAAGACAACGGGCCCCUUCAAUGAUAUCUUGAUAUGUGGGAAAUGUGGUCUAGGUUAUCACCAGCAAUGUCACAUCCCAGCGGUGGGCAAUCGCGAAGGAUCCUUAGUGACACCUUGGUUCUGCCGAAGGUGCAUCUUUGCCUUGGCUGUGCGGAAAGGUGGGGCCCUGAAGAAAGGAGCCAUCGCAAAGACUCUGCAAAUGGUGAAGAUGGUUUUGUCAUACAACCCGGAGCAGCUAGAAUGGGACUCCCCUCACAGGACCAAUCAGCAGCAGUGUUACUGUUACUGUGGAGGCCCCGGCGAAUGGUACCUAAAGAUGCUCCAAUGUUACCGCUGCCGGCAAUGGUUCCACGAGGCCUGCACUCAAUGCCUUAGUGACCCCAUGAUGUUUGGAGAUCGAUUUUAUGCUUUCUACUGUUCCGUGUGUAACCAGGGCCCAGAGUACAUCAAACGUCUGCCUUUGCGAUGGGUCGACGUUGUCCACCUGGUGCUCUACAACUUGGGUGUGCAGAGCAAGAAGAAAUACUUUGACUUUGAGGAAAUCUUAGGCUUUGUCAAUCACCACUGGGACCUUUUGCAGCUCGGAAAGCUGACUGGAACCCCCGUGGCAGAGAGAAGCACUCACCUGUUGGAUGCACUGAACAGCUACAAAAGCAGGUUCCUCUGUGGGAAGGAAAUCAAGAAGAAGAAAUGUAUCUUCCGCUUGCGCAUCCGAGUCCCUCCCAACCCGCCUAGCAAACUGCUUCCCGAGAAGGUUGCCAGCCGAGUUUCUGAGACGAAGAAAGGAGGGGGCAGCAAACAUUCCCACAAAAACAGUUUGCUGCCACAUGAACUCCAGCAGGAACGAAGGCAGGCAGCCCGGAGGAAAAGAUCCAAAUUUCUCUUGGAAGAUGCUAUUCCCAGUAGUGAUUUUGCCUCUGCUUGGAGCACAAACCAUCACCUAGCCAGCAUCUUUGAUUUUAGUUUGGAUGAAAUUCAGAGUUUGAAAAGCGGAAGUUCAAGCCACACAUUCCUUUCUGACAUCGAUUCCACGGAUGCUGCCAGCACUUCAGGUUCAGCCACGACCAGCCUGUCCUACGAAUCGAGCAGAAGGAAUGUGGGCAGUCGGAAGCGGAAACUAUCAGUUAAGACCUACACAGCAAUGGAAGCUAAGCAGAAAUGCUUGGAGCACCCCCAGAGAACCACCCCUGGCUGCUCCUCGGAGGAUAGUGAGGCCGCCUGUGGUCCCAAUUGCCUCAACGCUGCCAUUGACAGCCACACCUUUGAGAGCAUGAGUGAAGACGACUCGUCUCUCUCACACCUCAAGUCGUCCAUCAACAACUAUUUUGGCGCUUCUGGGAGGCUGGUGUGCGGGGAGAAGUAUCAUGUGUUGGCUCGUAGGGUGACCCCUGAGGGCAAAGUUGAGUACUUGGUGGAAUGGGAGGGGACCACACCCUACUGAGGUGGUGGGCUUAGAUUCCCUGGGAAAGGUGGGGUUUGAUUCAAAGGAGUCAUGGGAUUGGAAGCUGAAACUGGAUUGGGUGCUGACUGUCUCAGACAUCUCUCCCUAAUGUUUAUCCUGGGCUUCUUGGGCAAGUGUCCCCUUUAUAGUACCUGCCAUGGUGCUGGGAGAGACCCAGAUGAGGUAGUCAAGCAGGCCAUGUUGAGAAAUGUGAUUGUAUCAUGACCUGUAAAGGAUCUGUGUUGCUUUUAAUGCUGCUUUUCUGUGAGGAGAAGAGGAGGGAAGAAAUGAGUGGGUUGAGCCAGUACAAAUAAUAGUAUCCACUCAUGUUUCCAGAAGCUGGCUUCUUUCAGAGGAAUCUUUUUGCUCCUAGGCAACUGGGCCUCCUUUGUGGGGCGAAAAGAUGGUUUGUUUCAAGAAGCAAAAGUCCUCCGUCUUGCCAAAUAUAGGAAGCUGGCUGAAUGAUGUAAGAAUGAGUGUAGCACAAUGAGUGACAGCCAUGAAGUCCUAGGUUCAACCCUUGCUCAGGACUUGAACUCAUUAGAAAGGAAAGCCUCAGUACUUUCAGCUUCAGCCCUCCACACACCCCAGCCUAGCAGUGUGUGACCUAUUUACAGGAUGGUUUUAAGGAUGACUGAAAUAACAUACCAGAAAUGGUCUGAGCACUUGUAAACCUUGUAAACCUAUUAUACCAAUGCUAUAUGUCACAAUCUGUCAGAAGGCUGCUUGGCACGGAGUUGCAAAACAUGUCCGCCUCUGAGGGAAAGAAUGGAAAGCAUGCUGCUACAGUGGAUAACCAAACAUGGCUAUUUAUUCUGUCAUUUUAAUUUGAUUUGAAACCACUGAGCAGAGUCAUUCGCAGCACUUAAAAAUUUGUGUCCAGCCCCAGAAAUCUCGCCAGGAGACCAAAGUCCUCCUCGAGGAUGCUGAGUAGGGAAGAAGUACCAUUCUCACAGGCAACAGGUGUGUCCUUGUUUUUGAAAAAUGAUAUUUUCUCCCGUUCUGUCUCUUAUUUCCAUGCUCACUUUUGGUACAGUCAUUUUAAAGUCACUAGUUUUAUGUGGCAAAUAUCCUUUCUCUCAGAAAGGUCUCGCUGACUGAUUUGCUACUGAAAUAAUGGGGUAUUUCCACCACAGGUAAACAGCUGGCCUUCUCCCUGGCUGUGCUUUCUGGGGAUAAAUAGAUAUCAAAAUUGUUCAGAUGCUUCUAGAACAGAGAGAAAACUGGUCAUCUUACUGCCUGCCUCGCGGCUCAGUGGGUAUCAAAAUUGUUGAGGCACGUCUCCCAACAGAUGGAAAACUGACAGUUGAUGUGAACGUUAUCUGAGGUAAUUCCUGAAGGGUAUUCGUGUAAAACUACAGCUGACGUCUGAGAUAAUACAAUGAUGAAAAAAGGCCGUAAAGAAGACAUUCCUUGAUGAAAAGAUUUGCCCCGGUUGCUGAUGCAACCAAGAAAUGCGAUGGCAGACUCAUUAAAAUAACUGGUGCCUUUUCACGAGUGCCUAUGUCACUUUUUUUUUUACAAAAAUCAUCACCAGAAGAGGGAGUUUGCAAAGCCUUUUCUUCACCUUGAUUUCAUUUGCAUGUUCCUGUUGCACAUAAUACUUGUAGUCACUGCCAUUUAGCUGACUAAUAUGUCCCAAGGACAGAAAUGUGGAGCUUCUAAAAAUGUAUUUGUUUGCAGGUUUGUUUUGGGGAGAGGGGGAGGGCAUUGGUUUGGAUUGUUCUUUUUAGUGCUUUUAUGCACCUUCUUAAAGAAAAAAAACUAUAUGGUUUCUCAAAUUGCUGCUUUUUAAUAACUGACUUUUGUCAUAUUCAAGUUGUAAUUAAUAUGUCAGAUGUACCAUUAAAAAGUUUUUUUGUUUUUUU